CUCAUCAAGGAUUCUUGAGAUGAUUUAAUUUUAACGCGCUCGAGAUUCUCGUAAUUGAAAAACGAAAAAUUGGCGGUAAGCGGCCCCAGGAGUUCUAUGAGUAUUUUCUCAUAAAUUUGUUAGCCUCCUUUGCUCUUUAUCGAUUUUAAAAAUCCUGGAUUUUGACUACCCAUUCUCUUGCACGGGGAAGUGGAGGUUUUCAACUAUACAGAAAUCUAAUACUGCUGCGAGGGUUUUAAGGUUUUGGUCUGGACAGACAUGGAUGCCAUGGUGGUGGACUCAGAUUCUUAUCCUCUCCAGAGAAAACAAGCUGAUUACAUGUGCCAGGAUGAAAGAUACUUAUUACGCAUGCAGAAGUACAAGGGGCAACAGUACAGCCAUCUAUACUAUUCUCGUCUUCACAAGUUUAAGGAGUUUCUAAAUGGUCUUGUUAAGAAACGGUGGCCCAAUUUACCAGUGUGUACGGUUUUAGGACUUGAAGAUGGCAAAGAAUGUGUGAUAGUUGGAACUCUGUACAAACAAAUGCAACUCAAGCCUUCAAUUUUGGAUGAGUAUUCAAAGGAGAGGACUGUUGUCCCUAUAGUACAGCCACAUAAUUUUGUGCACUCAAAUGAUUAUCUCAUUCUUGAAGAUGACAGUGGAAGGGUUAAAUUGACAGGACAUAUUCUCUCUCCUUCAAUGUUUGUCACAGGUGUUGUAGUAGCUCUUCAUGGUAAAGAAAGCAGUGGUGGUGACUUCUAUGUACAAAGCAUUCUAGAAGCUGGCCUACCACCUCAACGCUCUCUCCAUUCUGAAGAGAACAAAUAUGUGGUUCUUGUAUCUGGCCUUUUGGUUGGUAGUGGCAAGUCUAAUCCUCUUCAAUUUCAGCUUCUUGUUGAUCAUUUGUCUGGUCACUCAGGUGAUGAACAGGAGCAAAGUAUGACUUCUCAAAUUGUUCGUCUUGUUAUUGCGGGUGAUUCAGUUGAUAUACGACAAGGCCUUCUUGCAGGUCAGUCCCUUGCAUCAAAAGAUCAAGGUAGACUUGUUGAACCUAUCAAGGAACUAGACCUGGCUUUGACACAGCUUGCAGCAGCUAUGCCAGUUGACAUAAUGCCAGGGCCAAAUGAUCCUGCAAAUUUUUCUUUGCCACAACAGCCUUUGCAUAAAUGCCUAUUCCCUGGAGCAUCGACAUACAAUACAUUUGUUUCUGCAACAAAUCCACAUCAGUUUGAACUUGAUGGAGUUAGUUUUCUUGGUACUUCUGGCCAGAAUAUAGAUGAUCUGAACAAGUAUUCUGAAGCAAAGGAAAAAGUUGAUUUUAUGGAAAGGACACUAAAAUGGAGGCACCUAGCACCCACUGCUCCAGACACUCUUGGGUGUUAUCCAUUUACAGACAAAGAUCCUUUUGUUAUUGAGGAUUGUCCGCAUGUAUAUUUCUGUGGGAAUCAGAAAAAAUAUGAAUCUCGUUUACUUAAAGGAUCAGAGGGCCAGCUGGUGAGGCUUGUAUGCGUUCCCAAUUUUUGUGAGACAGGAACAGCUGUAAUGGUGAAUAUUAGGAGUCUUGAAUGCCAUAUAUUGACACUUUCUACGUCAUCUUUGGUUGGGUGAAUACCCAAGUGAUUAUGAGAGCAAAUUAAAUCAUUUACAAGAUGACAAUAGAGACUGAAACAUCCUUAAUGGAUGCUUCUGCUGUCCAGAUCCAAAUGUCAUGCUGGGUAUUUAUCCUUACACAGAACUAAUAAUAUGCUCCAAAUAUCCCUUGCAGUAAUCACAUCUUGUUUGUGUUUAUUUAGUAGACCUUUUCAGUAAUUACUGCCACAAAUGUAAUCAUAAAGUAAUCUUCUGUCAGCUUGCGGUGAAAGCUUCCAAUUGGUUUGUUAGUGUCCAUCCGCAGAAUGUACAAUUACUUUUUCUUGUACUAAAAAGUUUUUAACUAGUGAAGUCCCUGCAAUACAUAUCUAGGUACUCUGGUUGAUCUUACCAGUUUAAUAUAAGUGUAAAGACAUCCAAUUGUAAUCCAAAUUUUUGGUGAGUUUAGUGGGGACGUGUCAAGUCUUGAAGAGUUUACAAAAGUUGAUGAGAUCUUUGUCAUGACCCCUGGGCAGACUGGAUCUCAAAUUCGCUGCAUUAUGGUGGAUGAUGGGCAGGCAUGGUAUUUCGAUAACUGUUUAUUUUUAACCAGUUUAGUCUGUGCAAUACAUAACUAGGUACUUUGGUUGGUCUUAACAGUUUAAAUAAGUGUAAGGCAUCCAAUACGAUUCAAUUUUUUUAGUGA